AUGGGGGUUAUCAGGAAUGGUCGAGAGGAUUGGGUGGUAGGUUUUAGCAAGAGAUUUACCCAUGAGAACAACAACCUCAUAGAGUUCUUGGUCCUGAAAGAAGGCCUCAAUCUAGCCCUCGACCAGAAUUUGAAACCUUUAGAUAUCUGCAUUGAUUCUAUGGAAGUCAUUAACAUGUUGCACCAUGGAAACUCACUCUAUAACUUAAAUAUAUUUGAAUGCAAAUCUCUACUAGAAAGCUUGGGGAAUCCUCCAGUUUACCACACUUAUCGGGAGAAGAAUAGAGUAGCGGACUGGAUGGCAAAACAAGACUCGAAGUUAGAUCUUUUUGACAAACUACAUAUUUUUGCAACUCCUCCGGCUAGUGUAGGAGUAGUUUUUAGGGAAGACUUCAAGGGAAAAUCCUUCUCCCGAGUUGUAUCCAAUAAUGGCAAUACUUAUCCAAACUCAUAUGUUUUUGUACCUGAUUAG